GUGGGAUUUUGGAGGACCGCUGAGCGCGGACUGCUUAAAGGGGCUGGAUUGAUAAUUCGCGCGUUUCCGUAAGCAAUUUUCCCGCCUUCAACCUCUCAGGAUUUGGAAGCUCCUUCUGGCGGGCAGUUGCUUCUUUGGUGUUUUGGUGAAUGAAUAUAAAGAAAAUGAGAAUAGUGAUUAUACUUCUUUGAGACCAGUAUACACAACUUUAGGGAAAACAGCUAAGGUUUAUCUUUCUCCAUUUUCGCUCAGCAACACCAAGCUAUUUAAAUCAUCCAGAUCCCCGUUUGAAAAUAAUUCUAACAAUUCAGUGUCUCAUAAGACAGGCCGGAAGAAAACUUGUAGAGAGGUUUUAACUUCAAAGAUGAAGACUGUAUCUUCCAAGGCAGAAUCCCUUCUGCUGAAACCACCCUCGGAAGCCUGUACUGAAAGUACCAAACUGGAACCCAAGAACACAGCAGAGCCAGUGACUCUCAGUGUGAACAUGGCAAGCAGCGACGAAGAUAGUUCCCCAGGCCUGGAUGAUUUUUCAGGAUUGUCACCUUAUGAGAGGAAGAGAUUGAAGAACAUCAGAGAAAAUGCAAAAUUUUUUGCUUCUCUUCAGUUAUCUGAGUCAGCUGCAAGGCUCCGUGGAAUGAUAAAGAAGAGACAGCAACCUGAAUCAAAGAGAAAGAGGCCUAAGAAGAAAGAAAAUGAGAUCGGAUGUCGAAGGUCCAUGCGAUUGUUGAAAGUAGACCCUUUGGGAGUUCCAUUGCCAGUAGCUCCAACACAGCCAGAGUUAGAAGAAGAAGAAAAUCCUUUGUUACCUCCUGGGCCCUUAGAAAUGAUUCCUGAAAAUCAGGAUGACAGCAAUGGACUGUUGUUGAAAGCGUCUUUGAAGACAUGGGCAGAGAUGAGCAAGACAAGUAAUGAGAGGACCGAGGAGGGGUUAUCUAGCAUUAAAAGCUACAAAGCCAAAUUAAGUGGUAUGGUCAUCAGUGAAGCUACUGUUUGUAAAGUGACCAAAGGUGCCAUCACCUCUGUGGCCCUCCAUCCAUCAGAAGAAAGAACCUUGGUAGCAGCUGGGGCCAAGUCUGGGCAAAUCGGACUGUGGGAUUUGACCCAGCAACGUGAAGAUGAGCCGUAUGUUUUCUAUCCCCACAGUCAGCCCGUUAGCUGUCUUUACUUCUCACCCUCCAAUCCAGCCCACCUGCUGUCCCUGAGCUACGACGGCACAUUGCGAUGUGGGGACUUUUCCACUGCAAUUUUUGAAGAGGUGUACAGAAACGAGGGAAGCAGCCCCUCUUCCUUCGACUUCUUGGCAGAAGACGCUUCCACUCUGCUAGUGGGACACUGGGAUGGACAUUUGUCACUGGUAGAUAGACGGACACCUGGAACUUCCUAUGAGAAGCUUUUUAAUUCAUCCAUGGGAAAAAUUAGAACUGUUCAUGUCCACCCAGUAUCCAGGCAGUAUUUUGUCACAGCAGGAUUGAGGGACGUUCAUAUUUAUGAUGCGAGGCACCUGAACUCCAGGAGAAGCCAGCCUUUGAUCUCUGUGACUGAACACACGAAGAGCAUUGCCUCUGCCUACUUUUCACCCGUCACUGGUAACAGAGUGGUGACCACCUGUGCUGACUGUAAGCUAAGAGUCUUUGACAGCAGCUCUGUGUCGUCCCAGAUUCCUCUCCUCACCACCAUCAGGCAUAACACUAUCACUGGGAGAUGGCUAACGAGGUUCCAAGCUGUGUGGGACCCUAAACAAGAAGAUUGCUUCAUAGUUGGCAGCAUGGCCCAGCCACGGCGGGUGGAAGUCUUCCACGAGACGGGAAAGAGCGUGUAUUCCUUUCUGGGAGAAUGUCUCGUAUCUGUGUGCUCCCUCAGUGUUAUGCAUCCUACCCGAUACGUUCUGGCUGGAGGUAAUUCCAGUGGGAGGUUACAUGUUUUUAUGCAUCAAGAAAGCUUCUGAGCUAUUGGGUAGGUUCAACAAUUUGAUCAGCUUGCUGUGUGGCGAAGGAACCAAGUCAUUCUCUCAGCUUAGUGCAUCUGUUUGGUAAUGUGUUGUAUCUAGCCACUGUAACAUUGCUUUCUCAGUGAGACUCUGCAGAAUGCAGUAUUAGCAGGAGAGGAACUUGAAGGUCAUCUCUAGAGGGAGGGCCCUGACGCAGAAGCUGGGAUGCUUUCAGCACUUUGAGACAGGCUGGCCUCAGACCCUGGAGCCUCUGCCUCUGCCUCCUAAGUGCUAAGAUUGCAGGCUUGUGCCACUGCGCUCAACACCUUCAGCACUUUUAAUUAGGCUGUAUUCUGAGAAAUUCUGUUAAAUUAUACAGCUUUGAGUGGUCAGUAUUAAUUUUUUUCUAAUAUGAUGAGACCAUUUUGACACAACAGCAAUCUGUAGAUCGGAUUUAUUUUAUAGUUUGGGGUGGAUACUUAAUCUCUCACACUGGAAUAGGUCCUAAAGAUCUUUAGAUCAUCUAAAUCUAAUUAUGAAACAUUAUUGGACCCCAGGGACUGUCACAUGCUAGGCAAGUGUUCCACUAUUGACUCAUACCCCACCUUUGAAACUUAGUCGUUCUGCUUUGUUGUUGUUUUUGAGACUGGGUUUUGCUCUGUAGCCCAGGCUAGCCUGCCUUGAUCUUAGAUCCUCCUGCCAAGUGCUAGGACUAUCAGUGUGUACUACCAUGCCCAAUCAGAACUUAGUUUUGUAAGCUAAGAACCUGUUUGGGUUCCUUGUGUCUCAGUUCAGUGUUAAAUGAGAUCCCACAAUAAUCACUGGGAACCACUGGUUUCUGUGACUGGGGCAUGUGUCUGCAUGCCUGCAGCUUUGUCUGCCUUCUUCCUCUGGGCAACACUUCCAGAAUUGAGCUGGGACUGCGCAGUGUUUGAACUAGUGUAUAACUGCACAGCUAACUGGCGACUUUUCACGUGAAAUUCAUAACCCUAGCACUUGAGAUGAGGCAGGAGAAUUGGGAGUUCAAGGCCAACCUGGCUCACCUUCCUUUGCCCCCAAAUUAAUAAAGUACCCAAUGCAAAAAUUAGGAUAUUUUUAUUUUUUAAUUAGAAUAUUUUAAAAUAAAAGUCAGUUUCAUGUUGUAUAUGUUUAUGUAUAUUAUGCUAAGUCAGUGGUCUGGUGUCACAGUGUACACAUGUUACAUGAAUACAUGUUACAUGUAUUCAGCCUUUUCUAUUGUUACUUGCCAAAGUUACUACUGAAAGAAUUAUAAACAGCUUAGACAAUGUUUGGAUUAUAAGAGGAAAUACUCUGAUA